AUGACUCUAGCACUUUUAUCAUCAACCCUUGAGCCAGUGACAACGAGAUCGCCAAAAUCACCCGAAGCCCUGGGUCAAAGCGUGGUACCGACACACACCUUUGCAACAGCUCCAUCUCUCGAUGUAUUACUUGUCCCAGGAGGUCUCGGUACGCGGGGCUCAAGCCCUGUGAUUGAAGGAGCAAUCACUUUUAUUCGAGAUGUCUAUCCUACGCUACAGUAUCUGAUAACGGUAUGCACUGGCUCUGGACUCGCUGCUAGAGCAGGUGUGCUGGAGGGGAGACGAGCGACGACCAACAAAAAGGCGUGGCAAGAGACCACGGUAUUGGGGGUAAAUGUUGAAUGGGUCCGUCGAGCUCGAUGGGUAGUGGAUGGCAACAUCUGGUCUUCUUCUGGGGUGACUGCUGGUAUCGAUGUCACUCUUGCUUGGAUUGAGAAGCUUUACGGUAGCGAUGUGGCAGGAGAGAUCGCAGAUGGGCUGGAAUACAUUCGGCAUGAGAACCAAAAUGAUGAUCCAUUUGCUUAA